AUGUCGGGCCGCGAAUGCACCGAGAUCACCCCCGAGUGUCCCAUUGAGCUCACGCUCUAUGGCUAUCGCCCAGUACUCGGCGCCAAUGCCUUCUUGGUGGCCCUGUUUGGUGCCUGUUUUGUUCUGCAGGUGAUUAUGGGAUCAAUGCGAAGAACCUGGACUUUCCUGCUCGCCCUGGGGUUUGCCACAAUUGGGGAGACGCUCGGGUAUGCUGGACGGGUGAUGAUGAAUGACAACCCUUGGUCAGACGCCGGCUUCAAGACUCAGAUAUGCUGCCUCGUACUGGCGCCUAGUUUCCUGGCAGCCGGCAUCUAUCUCACGCUCAAGCAUGUGGUGCUCUAUUGUGGGCCAGAGCACUCGCGCCUCAAGCCGCGACUAUACCCCUGGAUCUUCAUCGGCUGCGACUUGUUCUCUAUUGUCCUGCAGGCAUGUGGUGGCGGUGUGGCCGCUGCAGCGGGGGAUCGAGGAGGUGAGAGGAACCAGGCCCUUCUGGACGCCGGAAACGCUCUUAUCAUCGCCGGAAUCGGCUUCCAAAUCGCCACCAUGACGGUCUGCUUCGUCCUCAUGGCUGAGUACUAUUACCGAUUUCAAAAGGCGAAGAAGCUCAUGUUGCAAUCGGCCGGGACAUUCAGCACUGAAAGCGAGUGGGAAAAGAGUCGUUCCAAUCCCACAGUCAAGAGAAAUUUCCGCAUAUUCAUUGGCGCUGUAUCGGUUGCUUUCAUUACGACACUCAUCAGAUGCGUAUACCGAAUGCCGGAAAUGGCUGGGCUGAGUCCAGAUGAUCGAGGCUGGGGUAACAAGUUGAUGAGGAAAGAGGCCGAGUUUUUACUGCUUGAUGGCAUGAUGAUUGCCAUUGCCUGUGUGCUGCUCACCGUCUUCCAUCCAGGGUACUUUUUCCCACCCAUGAGGAGCUUCAAGAGAUAA